AUGAAGCCUAGCCAACGUAAACCGGCUGUCGAGUACGACAGUCCCCUUCCAGUCAUUCAAGAUCCUCGAUUUGCUCGAGUACAUAAUGAUCCUCGCUUCUCUCGUCCACGGAAGCAAGAUGCUAAAAUUGUGGUAGACGACAGAUUCAAGUCCAUGCUGGAAAGUGAUGAAUUUAUACAUGCUCCUCGAGUCGAUCAAUAUGGUCGGAGAAGAAAAACAUCAAAUCGAGUCGACGAGCUCAAACGAUACUAUCGCCUGGACAAGGAUCACGAUGAAGAGGAUCAGGAAGAUCAUGAUGCCAAAGAUCCAAAAGCUGCUGAUGAAGCGGACGACAAAGAUCAAGCUAGUGACGAUGGAAGUAGCAAAACCAGUGAAAAAGCUCUUCCAGACUCUGACGACGAAGAGUCUGACAAGGACGACGAGGAAACUGAUGAAAUUCGGUUAAAAGCUAAAUCUGAAAUGGUUGACCGUGCUCGUGGCAUUGGGAUACUUGACGACUCUGAAUCAUCUUCGUCGUCGUCUGAUUCCGAAGAUGAACCUGAAGCAGACAUUGAAGUUGAUGCUUCUUCUAUGGCAAUAGGACCAUAUGCACUUGAAAACGUCCCGACUGGUGACGAAAGCAGACGGUUCGCAGCCGUGAAUCUAGAUUGGGAUCAUGUCAAAGCUGCUGAUUUGUAUAAAGUAUUUGAUGGAUUCGUACCCAAAGAAGGCCGACUCUUGUCUGUCAAGAUCUAUCCUUCAGAUUUUGGAUUGGAGCGACUAGCUAAGGAGUAUACAGAAGGUCCACCCUCAGAUAUCUUUAAGAAGGGACAAACGAUGGUUGAUGAUGAAGAGGAAGAGGAGCUGUCAAAGCCUCUGAUACAGGGUGACGAAGGCCAAGAGUUUGAGAAUGAGAAUCUACGAAAGUAUCAAAUGGAACGUAUGAGGUACUAUUAUGCGGUGGUGGAAGCCGAUUCAGCCGAAACAGCCAAAUCAAUCUAUGUCUCAUGUGAUGGUGUCGAGUAUGAAAAGACGGCCAAUUAUUUCGAUUUGCGAUACAUACCGGAUGAUAUGGAUUUUACGGAUCGGGAAAUACGAGAUGAAGCUCUUGAGGUGCCUCGCCUUCAUCGACCGGCUACAUUCACCACCUCUGCUCUUCAAAACUCCAAAGUCAAGUUAACAUGGGAUGAAGAUGACCCAGAUCGGUCAAGAGUCACCCGCAAAAAGUUUAGCAAACAGGAUCUAAUGGAAAUGGACUUCAAAACCUACAUUGCGUCUGAAUCUUCUGAUGGAGAAGGACCGGAUGACAAUGAAGACGAUAGUGAUGUUGAAGAACGAAGGAAUCGAUAUAAAGCCUUGUUGGAAGGUGGUGAUGAAGAAAGUAAUCCAUUUGGACGUAGUCGUAAGAGUGGAAUGAAGGCAGAUGCUGAUGGUAUGGGCGAUAUGGAAAUCACAUUCACGCCUGGUUUGACAUCGUCCAAGGGAGAUGAACCUCAGGACAACGAGAGUCCAUUCGAGCAAUAUCUCCGAAAGCAAAAAGAGAAACGAAAGGCGAAGAAGGAUGCUCGUAAAGCCGCUACUUCUCAAAAAGAAGAGCAGUCCGAAGAAGACGAAGUCCCAUCCUCAUUGCAACCACAAAGUGCAAAUUCUCUGCAGCUGCUAUUGGAUGAUGACUUUUCAACACCUGGAUUAGUCUCGAACUCAUCACCUUCGGAAACGUCCCAACAACCGCCUGUGAAGUCGUCCCGACACUUUGAUAUGAAGGAAAUUAUCAAGGCAGAGAAGCUCAAGACUAUAAAGCUCAAGGGGAAAGCUAAGAAGAAGCUUGAGGGGCGCCAGUUUGAGGCUCUUCAAGAUGACUUUGAACUGAAUCUUGAAGAUCCUCGAUUCAGUGCUGUUACAAGUAGUCAUCACUUUGCUAUUGAUCCUUCGAAUCCACAUUUCAAAAAGACGCCCGCAAUGAAAAAGCUGUUGCAAUCACGACGUGAAGAGAAGCCGGUAAUAGAGGAACCUGCUAUAAAAGGGCCUGAGUCUAUCAGUGGUGGCAUGGACGUUGACUUGAAAUCUCUUGUUGCUUCAGUCAAGCGCAAGAGCAAUGAACCAAAGCAACCUCGAGUUGGUAAGAGAAUGAAACCAACGCCAAAGUAA